AUGAUCAUCUACGUCCUUUUUUUGGCCGCAGUUGGCUGGCUGAUACACAGGUUCAUUGACUUGAACACGGUUCCAACCGAGAAGGCCAUUUGCAACUUGAAUAUCCAUGUGCCUAAAGUGCCGCAAAUAUCCAUAGACAAUGUGACUGAGAGCUCAAUAGCAUUGCAUUGGGAUACCUCCAGUGGAUCGAAUCAUUCUGAGGAUCAAAGAGAUUCGCUCUCAGAUCCAACUCCUCCGCUUGGAUUGUCAGCAGUGAAUACCUGUGCCAUUAAUCACUACGUUUUAUACGUGAAUGGUGUUCAGGUUGCAGUGAUCGACGGGGGUCAAAAAGCCUGUUUGCUAGACUCAUUGAUCUCCAACACAAACUACCAGAUAGACUUGGUGGCUGUCAACGUCUCAAACUACAGAUCCAAAUCUUUCCCAAUAUACGUGAAAACCCGGGAAACCCAACUGUCCCAGCCAAUGGCAAAAGAAGAAUCUGCAAGCGAAGGUCUCGAGUUCAAUCUCAAGGACGAUCCAGAAGACCUGUUGAACCACUUAGCCCAUGCCAAAGAAGCAGAGAAAGAGAAGGUCAAAAUGCACAACACUUUCCGCAAACAAUCACCGCCUGGGAGACGUUCCAGAUCAAACACUGUUGAAAAACCACAGGAACAGCUCCCAGACCCGGAGACUAUUACCGAUAUCGAAGAGCUGAGGUUUUUGCUGGAAUCUGGCCAAGAAGACCUCAGGUCCAUCUUGCAGCAGCAGCUUCAGUGCCAGCUGGAGUACAGGGAUGAAGAAAACCUGCUAAACUCGACCAGAAACGAUCUAAGGCAGAGGAAGAAGAUCGAGGAUGCCAACAGAGCGAGUGUCAAAUCCGAGAUAAAGUACUUAGAGGAUUCGAAAAGGAAUUUUGAGGACAAAAUUUUCAAAAACAGAAUGAAGCUCGACGAGAAACUGAAAACCAUUGACGAAAAGGAGAAGGAAAUGAGUGAAUGGAUGGAAAUGUUAGAGGCAAAGAGAAACUCCAAUAAAGAGCUGGACUCAAAUGCGUCCCGUACCGAAAGGGAAUUGCUUUCGAAGACAGAGAUGCUCAACAAGGAGAUAUUUGCACUACAGAAUGAGAACCAUGAAAUAGAGGACGAUAUCAAGGAUUUGUCGGCAAAGAGAAAGAAGCUGGAGAACGAUAAGAAACAUUUGGUAACUAUAUUCAGAGCUCUUGAAACCUCAACCGAUAUUCACACUGGUGCAGUUGGUGCCGAGGGUAGCAAAGCCUUGGAGAAACUGUCAGAGCUGAAUCCCGGCUGGAAGACAGAGAUUGAAGCGGAGAUUAACGAGGAUUCUGCGCGGGAUGCCAGAUGGAGAGCGUUGCAGUUGAAGGAGGUUCGGAGAUUCCAAACUAUCCAAAAGCUGCGUGACACUAAAACAGAAUUCCCAGGUGCAGAAUCUCAACAGAGAGCUGGUAUCCCGCAGGUCCAACAAUUUGUGCCUCCUCCAAGCGUCCAGCCCUCAACUCCAGUCCAUGCACCAAUUGACUCGAAGCCAACAGCGUCUCAGACUGGAGCUGAAAUGGCCAAUUCUUUCGUUCCAGUCUGGGGAAGCAACCAUUAUUUCAGCUCACCAUCUCAGAACAUGAAUCUUAGUCCAGCUGGAGGCCUGACUGUGGAUAUUCCCCCCAACCUGACUGCUGAAGAGGACGAUAUUCCUCUUCCAUCACCAAGUGUGAACAUGCUCUUGCCCCAAUCACUCAUUGAUAGUGAAGACCUGAGCAAGUUUUUCAAGAUCACCGACGAGGAUAUGCUGCCUAGCUCAUCGCAGGUGUCAUCACACUUCAGCACCAACACCUCUGGUCAUCACGCGAGUUUGAGACCCGUUUCUUCGGCAAGCGAGUUCCAGCAGAACGGUGUAUUGGCACCAACAGGAAUUGACUUCUUCCAUACUAGAGGUGGCCAUUUGAAAGACCCAAACCAAAGCCAUUCUCGUAUUGCUUCCAUGCACUCCAAUACGAACAACGCAGCUAUGAUGCCAACAUCUGUUGAAAAUAUGGGCUCACCGGACCACAGACUUUUGCCUUCCACCAGUAACUCAAUGCUUGGAAGAGACCAAUCUCUCUUUGAUCUCAUGACCUCGCCUGGUAGCUCCAACCACGCUUCGCCGUUGAUACCAAUGAGUUCUCAUAUGAGUGAAGCUGAGCUUCACAUACCAACCGAGAACCCCAUGUCUGCGUUUUCUCCAAAGAGAUUAUCGAAUGUGUUCAACUUCGGGAAGAAGUCGUCAGACAUCAAUUCAGAUGAAACGCAAGCUGUCCACCAGGAAAACCCCAACGGUAAUAACAAUCCAAGCUCGAGGUUCUUUAACAUCUUGAGAAAACAGCCCCACCACCAUGAAUCGCUUGGAAAGCUCGAUCCGUUUGGAAUGAACCCAACACCUCAGCCAGAGUUUGAUGGCAGUAGGAACAGAAGCGAAAGUUUUGGAAGCAGCAUCUGGAACAAUACCCCGGUGAAAGAAACCACCGAUCAUUGGGGAAUGACCACCAACAACUCUUACAGCUUUAGCCCCACUUCGAGUCUCAGUCCCACCAUGGAGAUGGUGGCUCCAUCUCAGCCUCAGAUGAAGAUUAACGCUAUGAACCAAGCAUUACAGUCCUUGGUACAACCUUCCAUUGUUGUCGAACAUGAGGAUGACUCACCAGAGGUAUUCAGAGGAUAUGAUCACCAUCAACAGAAGAACUCGGAGUCUCUCAGCAGCGUUGCUGUGGAUGCCUCGGAGUCGGAACAGGACGAUGCGCCAUCUUCGCCAUCGUUUUUCAAGAAAAAGAUCUUUCCUUUUGGUGUUUCUCCUACAAAGGUGCCCACUAGGGGAAGUGACAAAUCGAGUAUUGCGGUCAACUCUCUGAAUGAUGACGGAACAGAACCAACAUCUCAAAACGAAUUGAGCUACCAUCCAAAUAUGGGCUCACCUUCUGGAAUGGCCUCGAAGUCUUCUAGAUUCUUCUCCAAGAUUUCGAGAAGGAACUCACAGAUGACCGUUGCAAGCCAACUCUCCACAAGUUCUCCCGGAUCAGCUGCCUCAAACGGCAUUUCUGGUCCAGGAGCCGUUUCUUCUGGGAAAGAACCAAACGCUGGAAACUCCUUUACCCGAAGGCUCAGUUUCCUGUCGAAGAAGGAAAAAGAGUCCGAUAAGGAUAAAGAUAAAGAAGGUGAAAAGAUGCACGGCCGGGAGUUUGAAACUCCCGUGAUAAACGAGGGUGAAGUACUCAAUUGA